UCUGUACCGUACCAAAGAUUCUGCUUAAUGUAAAAUGGGGCUUGAAACAGCCGUUUUAGUUAUCCUAGACCUAGUUUAAUUGAAAGAUUUAUGGUGGCGCCUCGUGAAAUUAAGUGCUUCGCCUUCGUCAAACUAUGGUGGCGCCUUGUGGGGAGUUGUGAAAUUUGGAUCCCAUGGCGUAGUAACACGAAAACCCAAAGCCGUGAAUUUUUGACGAAAUACUGCUUCCCUUCCAUCUUUGUUAAUGGGAUUUCUAGAUAUCUAAGCACUGGUGCCCAAAGUCAAAACAGUUGAACGAUUUGCUUCACUCGUAAAUAUGUGUUCAUGUCCACAACCUUGUGAACACGUUUUCUAUGGCACAACUUUAUCGUAUGGCAGCUACGAACCAGAAACUAUUUACAGCACCGAUCCAACUGAAGCAUAUUUGGAAAGAAAUAGUUAUGUUCAAGUGAAAAUAUUCUUUGAAGACUUAAGUGUUACCGAAGUUAAAGAUAUGCGAAAAUACAGUUGGUCUGACCUGCUUGCUGCAGCUGGAGGGAUGCUGGGAUUAUUACUUGGAGCAAGUGUUUUAACCAUUGUGGAGUUCCUUGAACUCUUAAUAACACUUCUCGGAAUAAGGUUCUCAAAAAACAAAGUCAGUGCUAUCAACACUCGCUGAAAUCCCAUCAUACAUAUUCACGACAGAGAGAACGUUUUGGCAUUUUAAGCAAGAAAGAUACCACCACGAAUGUUAGUGAUACGGCAAAGCCGGGUUUCACAAAAAAGUGUUUGAACCAUUUGAAAAAAAAAACUAAAAAUACAUUAAAAAUUCAUACACAUUCUGUAUCCCUAGAUUUACAUCGUUCACUAACCGUUAGUCAUAAGACUAAAAACUACCGUUUUUAUAGUAAACAAUUAUGUUUUAGUAUGUAUGUAGUUUCAUCUGCAUUUUAUAUCGAACCAAUGCCAAUUGGAUUAUCCGGUGUUAAAGGUUUGUUAACACGAUCCAAUUUUGUUUGAUCCAACCAUCCAACUCACUUUUGAUGGAUGUUUUAUAGUCUGUUGUGUAAUGUAUAUCAGUAUAUGAGAUGCAAACCCACUGAUGCCAUGCACUUGCUUCAUCAAUAAACGACCAACUA